AUGGCUUUGGUUGGAGAGGCUUUGCUCUCCGGUUCGAUCCAGGUGUUGUGCAACAAGAUUGCCUCCGGAGAGUUCAUGGACUUCUUCCGGGCAAGAAGACUCAACCACUUGCUCGUGGACAGACUGAAGGUGACGUUGAUGACCCUCCAUGCAGUGCUCAAUGAUGCAGAGGGGAAGCAGAUUGUCAAUCCUGCCGUCGGAAUGUGGCUUGACGAACUCAAACAUACUGUGUUCGAUGCCGAAGACUUGGUGGACGAGAUCGAUGCUGAAGCUUUGCGUUGCAAGGUGAACGAUCAGACUAAAAAAACCCAGGUGUGGAACAUCCUUUCUACCUCUCUUAAUCCUUUUAAUUAUAAAGGCUUAAAUGGUAGAAUAGAAGAUCUAUUCAAAAAGUUGACACACCUUGCAAAACAAAAAGAUAUCCUUGGUCUUAGAGGAGGUGUUGGCCCUGGGGGUAGGGUUUCACAAAGACCUCCAACAACUUCUGUUAUUGAGGACCGAUUUUGUACCUAUGGAAGGGAUGGAGAUAACGAAAAGUUAAAAACACUACUGCUACUAUCUGACAAUGGAAGUAGCUGUAAUUUUUCUGUUGUCCCUAUAGUCGGAAUGGGCGGGGUUGGUAAGACAACUCUUGCGCAACUCCUUUACAAUGAUGAACAAGUUAAAGAGAAUUUCGAUACUAGUGUUUGGGUUUGUGUUUCCGAACAGUAUGAGGCUUUGAGGGUGAUUAAGACCCUUCUUGAGGAAAUCACUAAAAAACCUUGUGAUAUUUUGGAGAUGAAUUUCCCUGAGGUUCAACUAAGGGAACAAUUGAGGGAAAAGAGAUUUUUACUUGUCCUGGAUGACCUUUGGAAUGAGAGCUAUGCUGAUUGGGACCGGCUACAAACUCUUCUCACGUAUGGGGAAAAGGGAAGCAAGGUCGUUCUCAAGACAACUCAUGGCUAUGCUAACACUCGCAUAGUGGCAUGCCAGCAUUUUGCCAACACUUCCGCCUACUAUUUCAGAAUAAUUUAG